AUGUUUAUUAUUGUUCAUUUCAUGGUAACUUACAUUUUUCUAACAGCUUUGGGGCCCAAGAACAAAACAGUUCAUUGUGUGACUGAGUUUAUCCUCCUGGGUUUCCGUGGUCAAUGGGAGAUGCAGAGGUUCUUCUUCUCCUCAAUUCUUGUUCUCUAUCUCUUGACCUUGCUGGGGAAUGGGGCUAUUGUCUGUGCGGUGAAAUCGGACAGGAGGCUCCAUACACCCAUGUAUAUCUUCCUGGGAAACUUCGCCUUUUUAGAGAUAUGGUAUGUUUCCUCCACUGUCCCAAGCAUGCUGGUCAAUAUCCUCUCAGAGACUAAGACCAUCUCCUUCUCCAAUUGCUUCCUCCAAUUCUAUUUCUUUUUUUCACUUGGUACAACGGAGUGUUUCUUUUUAUCAGUAAUGGCUUAUGACCGGUACCUGGCUAUAUGUCGCCCACUACACUACCCUUCAAUCAUGACUGGGAAGUUCUGUGUGAUCCUGAUCUGUGUAUGCUGGGUGAGUGGAUUCCUCUGUUAUCCAGUACCCAUUGUCCUCAUCUCUCAACUUUCUUUCUGUGGUUCUAACAUAAUUGACCACUUUGUAUGUGACCCUGGCCCAUUGUUUUCACUGGCCUGUGACCCUGCUCCUUCCACUGAGCUGAUCUGUUACACCUUCAAUUCAAUGAUUAUCUUUGGGCCUUUUCUCUCCAUCUUGGGAUCCUAUGCGAUGGUGCUCAGAGCUGUGCUUCGUGUUCCUUCUGGUGCUGGUCGAACUAAAGCUUUCUCUACAUGCGGGUCUCAUUUAAUGGUGGUGUCUCUGUUCUAUGGAACCCUUAUGGUGAUGUAUGUGAGCCCAACAUCAGGGAACCCAGCAGGAAUGCACAAGGUUGUCACUCUGAUUUAUUCAGCUGUGACUCCACUCUUAAAUCCUCUUAUCUAUAGUCUCCGGAACAAAGACAUGAAAGAGGCCAUAAAGAAAGUUCUGGGAUUAACAAGUAGCCAAAACUGA